AUGAAACCAGGUAUCAAGAUCUCCAAACGGUAUUCAGCUAGGAACGCAUCAGUAAUAACGGUGCUAUUGCUGCUGAUAUACCUUAUUUAUAUCAACAAGGAAACAAUACAAACAAAAUAUCAGGGAAGCCGAAUAAAUCAUGAUUCAGGGGGCGACUCUACAAAAGAUAAAACACAUACCUUUACUAUCAAAGAAAUACACUUCAGACCGUUGGAUGAAAAAACACAGAGUUACGGGUCACUCCAGGUGACACCUGAGUUUGUCAACAUGGCCAAAUCAGAAUUUGAACAAAACGUAGCAGUUGCAUCAGGAGACAAUGAAGAUUUGUACGAUAAACAACUUUGGAGUGCGUCAAUAAAGUCCAAUCCAUGGACGCAUCAAUUUACACUAAAACAAGGCAGCAUCAAAAUGAAACGAAUGGUAAACCGAGAUCCCGAUUAUGUGGAGUCUUUCCUAGAUUAUGCCCAUGAAAACCCUGAGAUGGCAAGGAAAGUUCAUUUGGACUGGGUGGAUGAAAGUGUUUUAGCGCCUAACGUCACAGAUAAGGAAACCGUUAUAUCGCUUGCCCUUAUGUCGUCCAAUGCAUACGUUCGGCUUCCUUAUGAGGGGGACUGGCGAAACCUAUCAGAUUGGAAUAACGAUCUUAACCCUGAUUUGUCAGUUGGCAUAGGGUGGGAUUCGGAUGGAGUAAGGGGACAUAUCUUCUCCAACGAUGAUUCUAGUGUAAUUGUAAUCGCUUUGAAAGGAACUAGUGCUCAAGGUCUUCCGGGCUCUGGAGAGGACGAAACUACAGAUAAUGACAAAUUGAAUGACAAUGUUUUGUUUUCCUGCUGUUGCGCCAGAGUUAGCUACCUAUGGAAAACAGCUUGUGACUGUUAUGUGAAAUCGUAUACAUGUGAUGAAAAAUGUUUGGAACAGGAGCUUGUAAGGAAAGAUCGAUAUUAUCAAGCCGUGCUAGAUAUUUAUCGUAGCGUUGUGACAGCUCAUCCGAAUUCGGCAAUCUGGAUCACAGGUCAUUCCCUGGGGGGCGCAUUAGCGAGUUUGUUGGGACGAACAUUUGGUGCACCAGCGGUUGCUUUCGAGGCUCCUGGUGAGUUGCUAGCAACAAAACGCUUACAUUUACCUAUGCCUCCUGGAUUACCUGCCUAUCAAGAGGGAGUUUGGCACAUUGGGCACACAGCAGAUCCAAUUUUCAUGGGAACUUGUAACGGAGCAAGUUCGUCAUGUUCAAUAGCUGGAUAUGCUAUGGAAACUAGUUGCCAUUCAGGAAAAGUUUGUGUUUACGACGUUGUAACCGACAAAGGUUGGCAUGUAAACAUGCUUAAUCACAGAAUACACACAGUUAUAGAUGGUAUAUUGACGGAUUACGAUACUGUAGCUAAAUGCAAAACACCGGACGCAUGUCAUGACUGUUUUAACUGGAAUUACGUUAAAGGUAGAGAUGUUCCAAAAAAACAUAAAUCCUCUUCUUCAACAGCCAGCUCCACGUCUGCAGAAACGUCUACUUUGACAGUAGGACCUUCCCCUCCAGAAAAAACUACCACGAGUUGCAUUGGUCGGAACUGGAUAGGAAUAUGUACAGAAUAUGGUAUUUAG